GCCGUAAAGCAUAUUUUAGCCCAGUCCAUCAAAUCCUUUACGUACUUCCGCCUUGAGACCUAGCACUUCUCUUCAGAUCGGCGGACAGGAGAAAGGGUUGCGCUGCAGAAUGCUGGCAACAAGAGCCCUGAGCCUUAUUGGCAAACGUGCCAUUUGUACAUCUGUUUGCGUACGUGGAGGACAUGGUGUUGCUAAGGUGGAGGACUACACUCUCCCCCCCUACUUCGACAGACGGGAGAUCCCUCUUCCUGAUGUUGCCUAUGUGCAGCAACUUACACCAGAACAGAAGUCGCUGAAGGAGAAGGAGAAAGGCUCCUGGGCUUCACUCACCAAUGAAGAAAAGCUUGCACUGUACCGCAUCAGCUUCAAAGACAGCUUUGCUGAGAUGAACCAGGGAACAGCUGAGUGGAAGAGUGUGGUUGGGGGCAUCAUGUUCUUCAUGGGUUUCACUGGCCUGGUUGUUCUUUGGCAGAGGAAAUUUGUGUAUGGACCUGUCCCACACACCUUUGACCAGUCGUACAAGGAGAAGGAACUGCAGAGGAUGUUGGACAUGAGAAUCAACCCAGUUGAGGGCUUCUCAGCCAAGUGGGACUACGAGAACAAGCAGUGGAAGAAAUGAUGGGCCAACACAAGCACUGCCUUUGCUUAGGCCUGGGCAAACCCAACUCAAAAUAUCCAAGAAAGUCUAUAUUUCUGAUUUUAUCAUUUGUUCCAAAUCUUGCAAUCUGCAUUGUGGAAGACCUCUUCCUCCUACGGUCCCUGUGUAUAUUAAAAUAAAAACGUUUAACCCAAGGAA